CUUCAUCUGUUGCUGCUUCACCCUGCAGGACUAAGAGGCGUCAGGGAUUUCAGAGCUGCAGGUGUUUGGACCUUCUGACAAAUGUCGUUUUUACAGUUGUUGAAGAAGAGGAAGGAGAUCAUUCCUCUGGUGGGCAUCAUGGUGUUGGCAGGAACAGGUGCCACCACUGCUGGUCUCUACUUCCUGUUCACCAAAUCUGACGUGAUUCUGAACAAGACCUCAAACCCAGAACCAUGGGAGAGAGUGGACCCAACUAAACCCCAGAAGCUUAUCACCAUCAACCAGCAGUGGAAACCUGUGGAGGAGCUGGAGAUGGUCAAGUCCAUGACCAAACAAAGAUCCAGAACCAAGCCGAACCGCCUGCCCCCAUCAGUCUAA